CCUGCCGUGCCGACUACCGUCACAGAUCCUCGGCCGAGUUGCGCGACGAACGUGCGCAGGAGUGUCUUACUAUAUUUAGUUUAUAAAUAUGAUUUGAUUUAGUGAAACUAUGAAGUGAUCAAUAAAUUUGAGGAUUUCGUCAAGGAUAAUUCAGUAUUGAUAACCGAAUGAAAAACAAAAAUGACGAGGAAAUUCCUGUUCUGUUUUCCGUUAAGACUCGGUAAUAUUGUGUUUGGCUACAUUGUAAUUAUAAUUAGUCUUGCAGUAGCCGCAUUUCAUUUGUAUCAACUUGGAUUAAGUAUUUUGUCAAAAGAUGAGCCCAAUGAAGAAAAGUUUAGAAAUUUCGAGAACUUGGAGAGUAUAUUUGGCGAAGACAAGAAGGAUCUAGUCACAACAAUCAUAAUGAUAUAUAAUUUAACGUAUAUUUUAAUUGGAUUGUUGCUGUUUGCUUUUGCAGUCUUACUAACUGUAGGAGCUCAUAGGGUAAAUGAAUGUUGCAUUACAACAUUCUUUGUAUACAGCUUCUUCCAUCUGUUCUUCACAAUUGGUUUGAUAGUUUGGGAAGCUGUGACUGCUGGCUGGAUUCAACUUGGACUUAUUUUCGCUUCUGAUAUACUCCUGAUACUUUGCCUCUUCAGCGUCAAGUAUCUAAUGGAAGCAAUAAGGACCGGAAAUAUCUACAGCCGUCCUGGAGAAGUGCUCUUUAAAUAUUGAACACGCAUGCCUUCACACGAGGAUCAAAAAUCUCAUAUAUUCAGUGAUAAGGCACGGUACCACGUCUACAAGUGCGAGAGAGUGGGGAAUAUUGAUAAUACCGCUCUCUCAUCGUUAUACUUACCUUGUCUGUCCGCCUGAACAACAUCUUCUAAAUUCCGUUUUGAAUGUACUUAAGAAAUAAGAAGAGAUCAAUUUUAUUUUUAAAUCAAUUUGAAUGUUAUCUUUACUGCAAUUUGUGGCAAAAAAAAAUGCUUUUUUAUUUAUUUAGCAUCUCUUUGUUGCUAACUCAUAUCUGUUGUUAACAUAAAUUAUGGAAUUUUAUUAAAAUAUAUUAAUGUCAAAAAUUAACCAUUGAAAGUAGUAAUGGUUUCUUCUUUAUCAGCUCUGAAAUAAAACAAUUUCCGCUAUGAUCUGUUAUGUAAAUACUUCCAAUACAGUGCUAUUACAGAAACUUCCUUGUUUAAUUAAUGUUAAGUUAUUAUUUCAUGUAAUCGUAAAAAUUUGAUCUAAUUAUACGCCUUUGCGAUUGCAUAUCGUGCUUGCUUACUGCAAUUAUGGAGAAAGCCUCUUUUCACCAUAAUUUAAUGUUAUUGUUACGAGUAAUAAUUAUUAUUUGUGAGAAUUAAGAUUGCAAAAUAAACUGUUCAUUUGCAAA